GGGAGACGGUAGAUCGCGAUCGUCCAUCUAGUAGGGCUGGCUCCACUACACCGAUCAGAAUAUCCUAGAUAUCACUAUCCCUUACCGUCCAUUCGAAGGCCACCCACUGACAGUGCAGCAACACCCUAUUCGCUCAAUCCACGGUAGGACCCACGAGAUGAAAGGUCUCAAUCCACUGCCACGUGGACGGUGGAGGGAGCUCCCAUAUGGUAAUUAUACAUGACAGGGAAGGAAGAAGGAAAAGAGAGUGACUGCUUGAGUAACGUCCUAAAACCAUUUCAUAUACUUCCGUAGUUAAGAUAUAAUUCUCCCUCGUCGUACAAGAACAGUACAUCCUUCCAUUCCUCUCUCUCUCUCUCUCUCUCUCUCUCGUGCAAUGGAGAGCGAUGAAGGUAGUAGGAGAGAGAAGAGAUCCCCCCAAGUGAGGAUUUUCGAGAGCGAUGAAGAGCUUUCAACUGCUCUCGCUGACUACGUGGCCCAGCUCUCUGAAGCAAAUGUCAAAGAGAGAGGAGCUUUCUCUGUCGUUCUCUCCGGAGGAAAUCUUACAAAGCUCUUGAGGAAUUUGACGAAAGCUCCAUACGUGAAAACGGUGGAUUGGUCUAAAUGGCAUGUGUUUUGGGCUGAAGAAAACGUUGUGGCCAAAAAACACCCUGAUAGCAACUACAAGCAAGCCAAAGAAGGGUUUCUAUCAAAGGUUCCCAUACUCCCUGCGCACAUUAUCUCCGUGAACCAUGGCGUGCCUGCAGAGUCAGCUGCAGAGGACUAUGAAUUCAGCAUCCGGCAGCUGGUCCGAAACCGGACGGUGGAUGUCUCUCGAUCAAGCGAUUGCCCAAGAUUCGACCUAAUCCUACUUGUCCUUGGCAGUGAUGGGCAUGUGGCGUCCCUCUUCCCCAGCCACCCUGUUGUUGACAUGGAAUCCCAGUGGGUGGCAGCAAUCUCAGAUGCCCCACGGGAGAGCAUCACCCUCACGCUCCCCGUCAUCAACUCUGCCGCCAACGUGGCAAUCAUUGCCACAGGGAGCGAUGUGGCAAUGCCCCUCGCUUCGGCCAUCAGUGAUGAUCUUCUCCCUCAUGGGUCCCACCCGGCCCAGCUUGUAUCGCCUGGGGAUGGCAAGCUUGUCUGGUUUGCUGAUGCCAGCGCUGCGUCCCUCAUGGCUGCCGAGAAUUCCUGAUGGCCCACCAGUAAAAAUAGUAUCUUUGGGUCUUUUUUUUUCAAUGAAAACCAAUGCGGAUGCUGGUGCACGUUAAGUGCAGUGCGGAUCGGGUAAUGUGAAAGGAUCUUUAUUCAGGUUCGUUUCUUGUUUUUGUAAAGCUUGCUAUACAGCAUGCAGUUUUUCUGUAGUCGGUUUUCCAGCUUUUGUUAUAUUGAUUGUGGUGGUAUUGCGAUCCAAACGCAAGAUAUCAUCCGAGAAAUGCAAUGUAACAUGAUAUGGUUGAGCUGACCAUGGUAGAUGUCAAAAUGCAAUGGAUUGGUUUCUCCUC